CUACAAUUCAUCAACCACUCUCAAAGAACUGCAUGGCAGACCGAGACGAAAGCAGUCCUGCCGUUGAGGCACACGGCUCAGAUGAAGGCCCACCUUCAAAGAGACAAAGAGGCUUCAUCGCCAGACAGGCAUGUGAAUAUUGUCGUCAGAAAAAGACAAGAUGUGAUGAAGAUUUUCCAUGUGGACUUUGUAAAUCUCUUGGUAUUCAAUGCCGUUUCACUCAAAGAAAAGCAACACGAAAUGAAGCUUCUAUGGGAAUGAUUGUCAACAUCCUCCGUCGCAUCGAAGGUAAAAUCGACGACUCAAGACCCCACGAUCCUAACCCUACAGAACAUCGCUCAAUCGCCACCGUCUUACGACCCUUCAACCCCAGAUCUCCUGCAAACUCAAGUGAAGUCCUCGGCGUUCCAUCCUUUCUCCGCCACGAAACCAUCGACUCACCAGCACCAAAUGAUCCCAAUCCCGCUAUCUCCUUUAGCGCACAUCAAGUCCUAUUCUGGCCCGCCAUUCAAUCAGCUCUUCCAGAAUCUGUAAAGUUAAUGUGUCAGAUGCAAGGCGGUACCUACUCAACAAGCCUCGAAUCUUCGCGGCCGAAACUUCCGCACGCUGCGUCUGUGGAUAUUUCAUCAGAUUGGCUUUCCAAGUUAAGUAUUGCGACGUUGAAGCAGUUAUCUGAUGUUUAUUUCACGACGUUUAACCUUGCAAAUCCGAUACUGGAUCAAAAGACGUAUUUUCAGCGAACGCUUGGUGUUGCCAUUGAUGGGAACUUUGGGAUUUGUAUAGAGAGCUGUAUUGUUCUUGUUGUCAUGGCUCUUGGCUCGAUGGGGCAGAAAGCGCUGCAAGAAGCUGGGUUUGCGGCGACGCCGGCGUCCAGUCCGUAUGUUGGACAAGAAGGGGAGAUGCCGGGGUUGGACUUUUUUAAUGAGGCUAGGAAACGGUUUGGUUUUUUGAUGUGCGAGCAGGAUCUACAGGCUUGCCAGUUCUAUCUUCUAUCAGGAUUGUUCUACGCUGAGGCUUUGAGACCUGUGGAUUGGUGGGCCAUGCUCAGCAAAGCGAGCGCAUGCAGCGCAUACUUCUGGAACAACGCAUCGCGAGACCGUGACGAGUGGAUGCUAGACAUGCAAUCCCGUCUCUUCUGGAUAACAAGCAUGUUCGAAGCUGUUCUAUCCCAGGAACUAAACCUUCCACCGAGUAACUCCCUGCAUCUUGAAGAACACAUCGCUCUACCAAAGUUUAUCUCCGCUCAAGACAUUGCAUCAUUUGGAUCGUUUCGAUAUCCGGGUGAUGAUCCGUUUUUUCACUACCACUUUUUAUCGCAGCUUGCGCAUCGACUUAUCUUGACGAGAGCGAGGAAUAACUUGUUUCAUUUUAAUCCGACUGCGGAUUAUCCGCCUGAACCUGUUGAGGAUGAACUUAUUCGUCAGCUGGAACAGUGGCGGGAACGGUUACCUCCUAUGCUUCAGUUUGAUCCGAAAUCCCCUUUGACGCAGGCUGAGUCUCCUUCCGAUGCGCUCGUGACGGCUUGGCUACAUGCUCGGUACUUUGUAGCGAGAUAUCACAUUGGUCGGCCUCUGCUACACCGUGCUUUGGAAAGACCAUCGUCUCUCACCGAAGGACACCUCCGAAAAUGUCGCGAUGCCAUCAGCGCUGUUCUCGCCUGGGCUUCCGUCAUUCAAGUCACCGAUACAAUGAGGAGUUGCAAUCCUCUCAAGUUCUUCGUCUGCAGCCAGAUAUUCGGCCAAAUAUGCGUCAUAUAUGCUCUGAGCGUAUCACCAUACCCUCACAUCCGCGACGUCGUAUCAGACGUCAACAAAAAAUGGACAAACUUCGCUCUUGGCUAUCUCGAAACUGGCGCAUUUUACAGUCCGGCAAUAGAGCAGGAUUUUAAAAUUGCAAAGAUUCUCUGCGAGGAUAUAGGAAAGAUAUGAACAUUAGGGAAGCUUGCAUUAUUGCAUUAAUCACCAUAGGUAGAUCAAAGUGCAUGCAGGGUUCGGGCUCGGUUUCCAAAUGAAGUCAAAAUCUGUAAUCAUAUCAAAUUUGCGUCACUAUC